CGGUGCCGUGAGCAAAUGUGGGAUCUGGGUGCAGGGAAUGAACGACUUUCAAAGCAAAAACAAAGGCUCUUUCAAGAUUAUGAUGAAGCAUCUUGGUAUAUAUACAAGGUAAUUUCAAAAUGAAAUCCAAUCGACAUUUCUUUCCCCACAGCCAACUAGUCUCAGCGCCACUCUUACUACCAUCGUAUUUCCAACUUUCUGAACCUCCGAAUCCAUCUAUGCCCGAUUUCGAAGAGAUCAGCGAACUCGAAUUCUCUACAGAAUCUCUGCGCACACUAGAGGAAGUAGCUCCUUCCAAAGGAGCUCCUACGCCGUCGAAUCGAUCGGCAUCUCAACCUCCUACGCCAGAGCCUGCUAUGCAGAGCUUGUACGAGUCUAUUUAUUCCAUGUAUCCUCACAUAGAGGAAGAUAUCAUCCAGAGCAUCACCUGUCAUACACUUUCCCCGCUCAAGCUUUGGACGCUUACUGACACUUUCUGUGUUUGUGUCGCUAAACAUGACUACCCGGUUGAUUUCAUUCGAGAUCAUACUCAACUUUUCCCUAAUUUCCGGUCUCUACACGUGCCUUUACUCGUCUACUUCAACAUCCUCAUUUUGUUCGCGGAUAUAAGUGGGGACACCGACGAUUCAUGCGCACUAUCCACUGGGACCAACCUGUACAUGUCAUCUCUGGCGGAGAUGUCGAACCAAUUCGAAUGGCAGUAUGUGCUAAAAUAUCAUGUUCGGUACAUGAAGACUCGCAUGAACGAGAUGAAACGGGGAUAUUACCGUGGAUGGGGUCCGAGAGAUGUCGAGCUUUUUCUAUCAAAGGUUGUUGCCUAUUCGAAGUUAGAAAAAUCGUCUAGCGAGGUUAUACUCUACGAGCAGAAGUUGUCCAGAGAUUAUUCUCCUCGAGAUCCUGACCACCAAGCUGUUCCGAAGCGAAAAAAGCAGAACAGGGUCGAUGUCGGAGAGGUUAGAAACAAGAGGAAAGGUCGCGACUGCUCGGUCUUCAGUCAUUCUUUGAUGAGUUGUUUUCUUCUAGUUCUGCUUGGAUUGGGACUGGUAUCAUCGGAGACUAGAUUGUUAUAACUUCAGGAUACCACUAAAUUAACACUUCGCAUUUCCGAAUUUAAAAAGAUUCUAACGUUGAAUACAUUCGUGUGCUCGCGUUGACCUUUUGAUAUU